AUGGGCAGUAUUGACCACAAGGGAACCGUCCCUUGGGGUGGGGAUGCUUCCUACAAGGUUUUUCGCAAUGUCCGCAGCUACGGCGCCGUCGGAGACGGUGUGACAGACGACACAAAAGCCUUCAAGAAUGCCAUGAGCGACGGCAAACGAUGUGCAGUAAAAUGCAAUGGAUCCACAGUCAGGAACGCAAUCGUGUACAUCCCGCCAGGCACCUAUGUCAUCUCGUCUACAAUCGUUAUGCCGUUCGGCACGCAGGUAAUUGGUGAUGCCAACGCGCGUCCGACGUUGAAGGCAUCCAAGAGUUUCAUCGGUAUGGGUGUCUUGUCAACGGAUGAGUAUACAGGCGGUGGUACGGGUACCGACGGACUUGACCAACAGUACUUUGUCAAUACCGCCAACUUUUACCGGCAGUUGCGCAAUCUUAUCAUCGAUGUAACGCAGACGCGUACGUCACAGAAGGUGGCAUGUCUGCAUUAUCAAGUCGCUCAAGCCACCAGCACGCAGAACCUCUUACUCAUCGCCGGAUCGUCUGGGUACGGCAUGUAUGCAGAGAAUGGUAGCGGCGGUCAGAUAUCCGAUGUCGAAUUUCAGGGGGGCACGGUUGGACUGUUUGGUGGCAGUCAGCAGUUCAUCGCGCAGCGUUUAAAGUUCAGUGGCUGCACCGUGGGCGUGCAGCUGAUUUGGGAUUGGGGAUGGGCGUGGAAGUCGAUAGAAAUGAACAACGUGAGCACAGGGUUCAAGCUGGUGCCAGACAGCGGUUCUGGCUCUAGUGGUGGUAGCACAGCGACAUCAAGCAACAUCGGAUCAGCCAGCUUCCUCGACUCUUCCUUCAACAACGCCAACACAGUUGUUGUUGUGGAGCCACCAUCCAAAACCUCCGGGACAGGAACUACAGGCCUUGUUCUCGAGAACAUCAAGCUCUCGGGCGUCACUGCCGCCGUUGUCGAUAACACUGGCGCCACUAUCCUCGGCGUAUCGUCAAACAUUGGUCAAUGGACUUAUGGUCCUAUCUAUAAAGGUUCCGCUGAUACGAAGGACCGUGAUUUAGUCACGGCUACCAAGCGAGCGAAGCCACAGUAUGAGGAUCGCAGUAUGGGAGAUUUUGUCCAUUUGAAAGACCUUGGAGCCAGAGGCGAUGGCGUUACCGACGAUACAGCAGCUUUCCAGUCCGCCUUGUAUGCGGCAGUGGGCAAGAUCUUGUUCAUCGACGCAGGCUCUUACAUCUUGACAUUAACCGUCACUAUACCCAGUGGCUCAAAGCUUGUAGGUGAAACUUGGUCGCAACUCGCAGCCUCGGGAACAUGCUUUUCAGAUGCACUGAACCCCAAGGUCAUGCUCAAAGUGGAAACGUCUGGUCAGGUUGGCGACGUCGAGAUGCAGGACCUCCUCUUCACCACUGUCGGCCCAACAACAGGAGCCAUCUUGGUCGAGUGGGAUAUUCAAGCGUCGAGCCCUGGGGCAGCAGGAUUAUGGGACUGUCAUGCGCGUAUUGGAGGUGCCACAGGUACCAAAUUGACACCUGCCGAGUGUCCGCCGUUGACAAGUGGUACCGCCCCAGGCUGCAAUGCUUCUAGCUUGACGAUGCACUUGACAAAGACAGGAUCAGGACACUUUGAGAAUAUGUGGCUGUGGGGGUCUGACCAUACGAUUGAUGAUCCCAAUAUGAACGAUGCCAACAAAACCAUGCUAUACGGAACGGCAUCCGAACACGCUGUAUUCUACCAAUUCAACUUCAACAAAGCAUCAAGAAUCUUUGCUGGUUUGAUACAAACAGAGUCACCUUACUACCAGCCAACCCCGCAACCACCCGCGCCCUUCACCUCAGCCGUCGGGGUGUUUGCCGGGGAUCCUACCUACAAAUGUACAGCCGGCGAUGAGUUCAGUGGCUGUGAUGAGUCCUGGGCAGUCUUCAUUCGCGAAUCCAUGAACAUCUUCAUUGCCAGCGCCGGGCUCUAUUCGUGGUUCUCGACCUAUGCACAAACAUGCAUUGACCAACAGCUCUGUCAAAAAGCGCUCAUGUUACUUGAGAAGAACUACUCAAACGUCCGCAUCAAUCACCUCGUCACCAUCGGCGCCAAAUACAUGGCCGUCAUGGACGGUAAAGGUAUCCCCGCCAAAGACAAUCUCAACGUCAACAUGCACCCGUUCUGGUCGCAGAUUUCCGUGUUGGAUGUAAGUGCCAACAGAUCCUUGUACGACGAGUUCAUCUGGAUUGAUCCCAAGAUCUGGGACAUGGACGAUCCCAAGAUCUGGGACAUGGACGUGCCCAAGUUCACAUGCUCGCCUCCGUGUAAAGUCAAGAUUCCACUAUGGACAAAGGCAACAAGCACAGCGCCCAUAACCAUCUCGGAAUGGUGGUUCGAGGCCGUCACACUGUCCGGCGGAAACGGUGCCGCCGUCCAGAGAAGACAAAGCUUCGAGCUAUUCUGGCCCAUCCCAGAAAAAACCUCUGCAUGGCCUGCAGUCGUGUACACUGAUCCAGACGGCUCCUCGACCAUAAAAGCACCCACCAUCCCCUUCCCCACUCCACCCCCGUCCAUCGACCCCAACGCGCCCCCGACCCCCACAGGAAGCUGGCCAAAACGCCAACUAGAACCAUACAUUGGCCAAUACGAAAGCCCUCUCGUCGAACAAUGCGCUUUUUAG